AUGCCAAAGAAGCCCAGAUUCGCUCCGCUGAUCAAAGGGGAGUGGGAAGGAGGGAGCAAGAGCAAGGCCGAGAGGAAGGGAGGAAGAGAGGAGAGGAGCACAAGAGAGGGAGAGGGUGGGACAGAGCCAACAUUUCUGACAGUACAGAAGAAAAAGAAGAAAGAGAAAGCUGUAGAACUGUACAGAGAGGAGGAGGGAGGAGAGGAGAAAGAGGUGAAGAAGAGGAAGAUAAAGAGAGAGAAAACAGAGGAAUCUGACAAAGAGGGACGGAGAGAGGAAACAGUGCUGACAGUACAGAAGAAAAAAAAGAAAGAGAAAGCUGUCGAGCUGUACAGAGAGGAGGAGGGGGAGGGAGGAGAGGAGAAAGAGGUGAAGAAGAGGAAGAUAAAAAGAGAGAACAUCGAGGAAUCUGACGGGGCUGGAGAGAGAGAGUCCACAUUUCUGGCCAUACAUGAGAAAAAGAAGAAUGAGAAAGCUGAGUCAGAGAAAGUGAUCAAAUCAGGAGUGGAGGAGGAGGAGGAGGGAGAGAGAGAGGGGGAGGGUGUCACAGAGAAAAAGAAGUCGAGCGAGGGGGGUAAACCGAGCAGGGGAAAGGGGGAUGGAGAGAGAGGAACGAAGGAGGAGAGACGGAGGGAGAGGAGAGGCUGGGUGACAGCGCCCAGAGAGCAGGGGGAGGGAGAGACUGACAGGCCCGGCAGUGUGUAUAGGACGUGCAGCUCCCCUCUGUCCGACAGCCAAUACAAUGAAAUCUUUCAGUCUGUACUGCAGCAGGGCUUGGACAACUGUCUUGAAGACACCGUGACAGUCUUAAAUGAAGUCGAGUCUCUGCAAGCCAGCAUUGAUCAACACUGCAAAGGGGACGAUGCAGAAUUUUCAGAGACCAAAUUCCUAAAUCGGGGCAAGGAUUCGGGCAAGGGGAAGAAGAAAGCGGGGGGGCUGCCUCUGCACAAGACUGGGGGCCGAGAGAGGAGCAGAAACCCUGACCAGCUGACCCCCAAGAAAGAGAAGAAGAAGAAGAAUGAGCAAAGAGAAGAGGGGGAUGAAAGAGAGCAGUGUGAGUGCUGGGUGCAGUGCUGCAGGAGAGCCUGUGGAAAGUGGAGGAAGCUGCCAGACAGCAUUGACCCUGCAGCCCUGCCUGAGGACUGGACCUGCAGCCACAACACAGACGCUAAGUACAGUCGCUGUGAGGCCCCUGAAGAGAGCUGGUCUGGGGGAGAGGACAGCACUGUCUACUCUGACCUUGUGCCAGGAUCCAUCGUGUGGGCGAGGCAGUGCGGCUUCCCGUGGUGGCCAGCUAUGGUGGACCAGGAUCCCGACACUGGAAACUGUUUCCUAUUCAAAAAGGAGUCGGACAAGGAACCAUUGAAAUGCCACCUGACUUACUUUGGUAAGCCUGCCACCAGAGCCUGGGUUUCAGUGUCGAUGAUAAAGAGCUUUCAGGAGCAACCGGAGACUGGCGUUGGGGCGUUUCAGAAGAAGGGAGGCCAGCGCGACUGCAGUAAGAAAGUGAAUGAAGCUGUGAAAAUGGCCAAGAAGGCACAGAAACUGAGCCUCAAGAAGCGCUUGUCGCAGUUUGGGUUCGGAACUCGCUACGAUGGAGAGGAGAGGCUUUCAUCCGAGGACAGCGACACUGCAGAAGUCCUGGGGAUUUUCCUGACAGACAGCAGCAGGAGAGGAGAGCGGUGUUCUCUCAGUGAUGAGGAGCAUCGACCAAAGCCAUCUAAAAAGCGCAAGAAGACACUCAGCAAAGGGAAAGAUUUGAGCCUCGGAAAAGCUCGGCGCGAGAGAAAGGAGAAGAAAGGAGGGAAGGUGUCAGAGGAGAAGGUGGAGAGCAAGAGCGAGCCACGAUUCGGCACGAAAGAAAACAAGCCUUUGGAAAUCUCCGCUCACAAAGCUCCAGUGAGAAAGUUUGCUUUGCCGAAAACCAGAGACCAGAGGGUGCCGGGGGGAGAGAGGAGUCCAGACAGCAGGAGAGGAGAGGAAACGGGCGCCCCCCCUGAUCCAGAGCAGGAGACCCUGUACAGCUUCACCUGGAGCAAAACCAGCAGCCAGGCAGCAGAGCUACAGAAGAGGGCAGGGGAGGAGGGAGAGGGAGAGGCAGGGGGGAGCCCAGAUAUGGGGCAGGGAGAGGGGGUACAGGAGGAGGAGAGCAUUACCCUGGUGCUGAGGGAGGAAGGAGGGAGCGAGGGAGAGGAGGGGAGCGAGAGAGAGGAGGAGGGCUCCAUAAACAAGGCUGUCCUGGGAUACCCGGUGCAGGACAAGGGGUUUGAUAAGGGAGGGGGAGGAGGCAAGGAUCUGCCCAUGUUCUCAGAAGAUGAUGAAGAUGAAGAUAUGGAAAUCCUAACGUGCCGACAGGCCGUGGAAACAGCGCUGGAAGAGGAGGAAGACUUCUCGCUCUAUCUGUUUGAGGAAGAGUAGAAUUGGUAAUCGUCAUUUUUUUUUUUUUUUUUUAAUCAUUAUUAAUAUUAUUAAUAGUGGGUUUAGGGUUUGUGAUGAUCGCUGCUUUUUCUGAAAGACUCUGGAGAACGGCGAUCCACGCAAACCCGAGCAGCUGUUCAAAAAAAUCAGCCCGAUCGACACCAGCGACCCUCAUCUGCGCAGAGGCGGAGCUGAAUAAUUGUUUUGUGCUGCUCUCCCCAGCGCUUAGUUAUAAUAAUAAAAUGAAAUGCGCCGGAGGGUUCCGCUCUAGAGCGGUCCUCUAACCCCGACUGCAACACCCCGUCUCACAAUCCCAGCCUGUUACUCUUCAGUUGAUUUCCUGACUGGUCAUUUUAGUAACACACAGGAAGUGUGUAUUUAUUUAUUUAUUUAUUUAUUUAUUUAUUUAUUUGGUUGGUUGGUUGGUUGUUCGUUAGUGUUUUUAGUAAGAGAGGAGCGCUAGUCUUUUUACAUAAUGUGUAGCUUUCAUCUUUAAUUAAAUUAAGUUCUUGAGUUAAAAGGGUCUUACUCUUUAAGAAAAAAAUAAAAUUAAAUAAAGUAACCAGAAGUCUUUU